AUGAAAUCGGUCAACUGCUUGGCUGCAGAAGACUCAAAUUUAAUGCAUCGGAUAAUGCGAAUUUACGGUGUAGACCUCCAGUUAUUAGACCAAGGCAUUUCCGUAGACGAUACGGAAGCCAUGGCUAUUGUAGAGUUCGGUACAAUGUUCGUCGAUGGGCAAUUCGUGGUCCCUCUGCCGUGGAAGAAGGGUGUCAAUACCAGUUUGGGAAACUAUGCGCCAGCGCUCUUGAGGUUGAACAGCUUGAAGCGGCGCUUAAUUAAUGACGAAGCGCUACGGCUCCGUUAUGCACAAACGAUGAAGAUGACUAUACAGAAGAGAUAUGCCGUGCCAGUUCCAGGGAAACAGCUACAUGGCGACUCUCAUCCGCGUUAG